AUGGGCGCCAAAGAUAAAAAGAAGAAGGGCAACGAGUCCAAACAGGCCAAAAAGGCCGAAAAGCAGGCCAAACAGGCCAGCAAGGGUGAGAAAAAGGCCAAGACCAAGCAGGCCAAGGUUGAAGGCAGCGACGCCGAAGACGUCGACCUUGACGAGGUGCUCGAGGAGUACCGCCGAGCGCAGGAGCAGUUCCUCAAGGUCACUGAGACGGUGUGCGAGGCGGCCCCGCGACCCCGCGCCGCCUCGACCAUUCUCGCCUCGCCGACCGACACCAACAACCUGCUGCUCUUUGGCGGCGAGUACUUUAACGGCUCGCUGGCGCACUUCUUCAACGACUUGCACAUCUACAACAUUGCGCGCGACGAGUGGCGCUGCGUCACCUCGCCCAACGCGCCGCUGCCGCGCUCCGGCCACGCCUGGACGCGGGCCUCGAACCCCAACCACGUCUACCUCUUCGGCGGCGAGUUCUCCUCGCCCAAGCAGGGCACCUUUCACCACUAUGCCGACUUUUGGCGCCUGGAGCCCGCCACGCGCGAGUGGACCAAGAUUGAGGUCAAGGGCAAGGACAAGAGCCCGCCCGCGCGCAGCGGCCAUCGCAUGACGUACUGGAAGCACUACAUUAUCCUCUUUGGUGGGUUCCAGGAUACUUCGAAUCAGACAAAGUAUCUCGCGGAUCUUUGGGUCUUUGACACCAUCAACUAUGUCUGGCACAGCCCUGCGCUGCCGCUCGCACAGCUGAAGCCAGAUGCCAGAUCAUCGUUUACUCUGUUGCCAUCCGACCAGGGUGCUGUCCUCUUUGGCGGCUACUCGCGCGUCAAGGCCACGGUGGCAUUGAAGAAAAAGGCCAGCAAGGGCAAUCAAGGCGCAAGCGGCACGGGUCAGAAGAACGUUCUCAUCCCCAAGGUCCACGAGGACUGCUUCUUCCUGCGCAUGUUGAUGCCGGCCGCCGACGCGGGCCCCAACACCCCGCCGGCAGUGCGCUGGGAGAAGCGCAAGAAGCCGGCCAACACGCCCAGUCCCUCGCGCGCCGGCGCCACCAUGACGUACCACAAGGGUCGCGGCAUCAUGUUUGGCGGCGUGCACGACGUCGAGGCGAGCGAGGAGGGCAUGGACUCGGAGUUUUUCAACCAGCUGUUUGCGUGGAACGUCGAGCGCAACCGCUUCAUGCCGCUCGCGCUGCGAAAGCCGCGCAACAAUCAAAAGGCGCGCCCGGCGGAGCAACGCGUGAACCGCCGCGGGCGCGGCCAGGCCAACGAGGAGGAGCUUCUGCGGCAGCUGGCGGCGCUGGAAACGGGCGCCUCGCUCGAGGACACCGACGGCAUCGAGCUGGAGAAGAAGGAGGAGGAGGUGGAGGUGGAGCAGGUGCCGGUCAAGGAGAUGCCCGUGACGAUGGAGCCGCCGCACAUGCGCUUCAACGCGCAGCUGACGGUGCAAAACGACGUGCUGUACAUCUACGGGGGCACGUAUGAAAAGGCGGACCGCGAGUUUACGUUUGACGACUUGUACGCGAUUGACUUGGUCAAGCUGGACGGAUGCAAGGAAGUCUUUACAAGACCUGUUGAGGACUGGGUUGAAUCCGAUGAUGAAGAUGACGAGGACGACGAGUGGGACGACGAGGAUGACGAGGAUGAGGAUGAAGAUGACGAAGAUGAAGAGUCUGGGCAACAGCUCCAUACGCCCAGCAAGCGUGGCAAGAAGAAGGAAGAGGAUACCGUAACCGAGACUACUACCCCGUCGGAGACGACCGAGGAAGACGAUGCCGAGACGUCGGCUACCUCUGUGGACGAUGGCCUUCCUCACCCUAGACCUUUUGAGUCGCGCCGCGACUUCUUUGUUCGCACGUCGGCCGAGUGGCAGGAGGUCCUCAUGACCAACCUCCGGUGGAAGAACAUCCAGCCCGAGACCAUGGCCGUCAAAGAGAUCAAGGCCAAGGCGUUUGAGCUGAGCGAGGAGAAGUGGUGGGACUGCCGCGAAGAGAUUACCGCGCUCGAGGAGGAGCAGGAGGCCGCGGGCAUCCAGGAGGUGGUCAGCCUGGCGGAGCGCGGCGACGCGGGCGCGGCGGGCGGUGGCCGGCGAAGAUGA